AUGGACCCAUAUCGGCGACUCAUCAUGUUCCCCACUGCGUUCUUUACCACGUUCAUUAUCGUCACUCUCUUUCAUGCAGCUUCAGCGAAGCCAGCGCUUUCCCUGGCCUUGACAGGACCCCGGGAGGCAGACGGCGUCGGAGCAUUACGCGUCACGGCGAGGCUGGUUAACACGGGCGACGUUGAGCUCAGACUGCUCAACGACCCACGGACCAUCCUCAACAAGAUCGAGACUAACUCGUUCUUCAUCGCAGAUGGUGCUGGAAGGUCGCCCACAUUCACCGGCACUUUCGUCAAGUACUCCCCCAAGAAGAUCGUUGAACGGAACAGAACAAGCUCAUUCACGGUGCUGGCUCCCGGGGCCUCCGUUGAGAUCAAACACGACUUGUCGAGGGCGUACAAUUUCGCUGGAUCUGGAGAAUCAACCUACGACAUCGGCGUUGCCGCAAACGUCUUCCACUAUGUCGACCCUUCGGGGAAGUUGGCCACCAUCCGCGCCAAUACAGUGAAGGCCAAUCAUAAGACUGCACUGAAAGGCACGCUCGCUGUCGAACGGCGCACAACAAGGCACUGGCACGCCACCUCGCGCUUCCACAAGCGCAUCGCCUACCAGUCGUGUUCUGAGUCAGAGAAGGAGAUACUCGUCGACGCUGCCGCCGCGGCCCAGGCCUACGCAGACGACACCGUCAAGUAUCUCACACCGAUCCGGGACGGGACGCCGGCCUCGAGUCCCCGCUGGGCCAAAUGGUUCGGCAACUUCACAACCGCGCAUCACGCCAAGGUCCUCGACAACUUCAGAAAGAUCGCCGCCCAGCCGUUUGCGUCCUACACCUACGACUGCUCGUGCAAGAACCCAGACGUCUUCGGCUACGUCGUCAUCGGCGACUCCGGCACCAUAUACCUCUGCGGGAUCUUCUGGCAGGCGUCUAAGACGGGCUCGGACUCGCGCGCCGGAACGCUCAUCCACGAGGCAUCGCACACGAUCGCCGAGACCGACGACUUCGAGUACGGCAAGGACGGUGCUGCAGACCUGGCCGUGCGCAAUCCAGCCGAAGCGAUCGCUAACGCAGACAACACUGAGUAUUUUGCCGAAAACGAUCCGUCGUUGGCUUGA